AUGGUUAGACCAUGUAACGCCUCAGCUGACGGUGUCUUUAGUGAAGAACAUCCUGUCAUUAGAGAAGAAGACGCCCUGUCUAAGUGGGUGGCGGACCCUGCGAACACAGCCUGGAUGGAAAGUCCAGAUGAAGUUAUUUAUGAUGACGUUCCCAGGGAGAACUCGGAUUCUAAUACCGAUGCUGAGGAGAUGAUCUACGAUGACGUGGAGCUGGGGGAGGACGGGGGCAGCAGCUCCCUGGAUAACGGCUGGAGCUCCAGCGAGUUCGAGAGCUACGACGAGCACAGCGAUGGGGAGGGCUCGGGCAAGAACGGGCUCCCAGACGCCUUCAUGAGGGGGAGGACCCCGCGGGGCAAGACCCACAUGCAAAAACUGGUGAAGGCAGCGAAAGAGGGAACCAAAGACGGUCUGGAGAAGACCAAAGCUGUGGUGAAAAAAGGCCGAUCACUAAUCAAAACGAAAUCCUUCUGUGCAGAGAGGAAGUCGUCCUGUCUGGAGGAGGAAGGUGACCUCUUCAUUGAGGUGGAGUGUUUCAAUGUGGAGCCAGUGCUGUGCCCCAUGCCAGAGGGUCUGACACAACAGCAGGUGGUGAGGAGAUGCAUAUUGGAAUCAAUAUUAGAAAGUGAAAAGAAUUAUCUAGAUGCACUGAAGCGCAUUUUAGAGCAAUACGAGAAGCCGCUGUUGGAGAUGGACCCCCGGCUGCUGAGCGACAGGAAGCUGAAGAUGACCUUCUACCGGGUGCGGGAAAUCCUGCAGUGCCACGCCCUGUUCCAGAUCGCGCUGGCCAGCCGGGUGGCCGAGUGGGACGCCUCUGAGAUGAUCGGGGACGUCUUCGUGGCCUCGUUCUCCAAGUCCAUGGUGCUGGAUGCGUACAGCGAGUACGUGAACAAUUUCAGCACGGCCAUGGGAGUACUGAAGAAGACGUGCGCCUCCAAGCCCACAUUCGUGGAAUUCCUCAAACACUGCCAGGACAGCAGCAGUGACCGUGUCACGCUCUACGGGCUGAUGAUGAAGCCCAUCCAGCGAUUCCCACAAUUCAUCCUGCUCCUUCAGGACAUGCUGAAGAACACCCCCAUUGGCCAUGCGGACAGACUGCCACUUCAGAUGGCCCUGACCGAGCUGGAGACGCUCGCCGAGAAGCUCAACGAGACAAAGAGAGAGGCCGACCAGCGCUGCGAGAUCAAGCACAUCGCCAAGGCCAUGAACGAGCGCUACCUCAACAAGCUCCUGAGCAGUGGUAGCCGAUACCUGAUCCGCUCUGACGACAUGGUGGAGACCGUGUACAAUGACCGUGGGGAGAUUGUCAAGACCAAGGAGAGACGGCUCUUCCUGCUCAAUGACGUGCUGAUGUGUGCCACAGCUAACAUUCGGGGUAGUCAGGAGGGCAGCGGGGGCGCCGCCCCAGGGCAAAAGCUGCUGCUGAAGUGGAGCGUCCCGCUGAGCCUGGUGGACGUGGUGGAGUUCGGCUCCAGCGAGGAGGCCGGGGACAGCGGCCGUUUCCUCGCCCCGCACUCCGGGGAGAACGUGGUCAUCAAUGCCCGGCCAAACAAGCUGUACAUGGGCCCAGGACAGCUUUAUCAGGACCUACAGAACCUGAUCCAUGACCUGGGGCUCGUCAAACAGAUCUCCAACAUGAUCGGCAGCCUGAAGGGAAACUAUCAGAAUGUAAACUCAGCGGUGGCCCAGGACUGGGUGUCGGGCCUCCAGAGGCUGAUCCUCAGGAAGGAGGAGGAGAUCCGGGCAGCAGAUCGCUGCAGGAUCCAGCUGCAGCUGCCUGGAAAGCACGACAAGUCCGGACGGCCGACAUACUUCACCGCGGUGUUUAAUACAUUCACCCCAGCGAUCAAGCAGUCCUGGAUCAGUAAUUUACAGAUGGCCAAGCUGGCUCUGGAGGAGGACAACCUGCAGGGCUGGUUCUUUGCAGAGGAUGAUGGGAAUCAGAUGAAGAAACAGAAACACCCUCUCCUGCUGAGGCAAAUGCCUGUGGUGAUGUCCAAACUCCAGGAGUUCAAGGUAGAGUGUGCGGUCCACAACCCGGAGCCCCUGUACAGCCCCGAGAGCACCGCGGACACGCCCGCUCUGGGCCACGGCUGUGUUUGGGUGGCCAGCUGCACCAAUCAGAUGGGCCAGAUCUCCGUGGUGUCACUGCAGAGCUCCAACCCCAAGGUGACAGAGUGCUUCAACGUGGAGUCCCGCAUCCUGUGCAUGGUCCACGUUCCCCCAGAGGAAACCGCAUUGGAGGGGGGCGAGGGCCCCGAAAGUGACCCCACCCCAGGGAAGGGCAGCGACACCCCCACGGUCUGUCUGGGGAUGGAGGAGGGGAGUAUUUCGGUAUACAAGAGCAGCCAGCGCUCCAAGAAGAUCCGCCUGCAGCACUUUUUCACACCGGACAAGUCCACGGUGAUCAGCCUGGUGUACAAGUCGCAGUGUUUGUAUGCUGGCCUUGUCAGCGGCUCGGUGGCCGUAUUCUCCAGAUCACCAGACGGCUCCUGGUGCUCCGAUUCCCCAAAGAUGGUGAAGCUGGGGGUGUUGCCGGUGAAGAGCAUGGUGGCUAUGGAGGACCACGUCUGGGCCUCCUCCGGAGGGCAGGUCUUCAUCAUCAGCACCAAGACGCACACGAUCGAGCGGCAGCUGGAGGCCCAUCAGGAGGAGGGCAUGGUGGUGUCCCACAUGGUGGUGGCCGGCGUGGGUAUCUGGAUCGCCUUCAGCUCCAGGUCCACACUGCGCCUCUUCCACACCGAGACACUGGAGCACCUUCAGGACAUCAACAUCGCCACACCUGUGCACCACAUGCUGUCAGGGCAGCAGAGGGUCUCUGUGAGCAGCCUGCUGGUGUGUCACGGCCUGCUGCUGGUGGGGACCAACCUGGGGGUGACGGUGGCCCUAUCCAUCCCUCGCCUUCAGGGCAUCCCCAAAGUUACAGGUCGUGGCAUGGUGUCCUUCCACGCCCAUAAUGGGCCAGUGAAGUUCCUGACAAUGGCGGCCGCAGUGUGCAACCGACCCCCGGGUAGCCCGUCUGGCCCCUCCGCCGGCCCCCCUGCCGACCCCCCUGGCCAACCCGAGGCCCCUGACCAGGCCGCUCCCCAGCCCCGGGAGCGGGGCGUCUGGCUGGGUGAGCCAGGCAGCUCUGGUGCCCCCUCCCAGAACUCCCUGUCCUCCUCCCGCUGCUCACUGGUGCCCUCCCAGGGCUCCCUGGAGCACGGCACCGAGGACGGCGCCAUCUACGAUGUGCUCAACGACCCCGCCCACUCGCACUGGGGCAGGCGCGCCGACAAGGUGACUGUGGGCUCCGUUCUGGCUGUGUCCGGGGGGCUCGGCCACCGCCGGGUCAACCGCAAGACCAAGCAGUCCCGUCAGGAGGAGACCGUGUCCACCAUCAUGGUGUGGCAGAUUCCCCUGGUCAACCUGUGAGAGGCAGCCACCAGCCUGUGAGACUGACAGUGCAGUCCACUGGCAUGCGAGGAUGAGAGGGGCGGCGCUGUUUCUACUUGAAGUCCGUUGUGCUCACUGACUCCCAUGGACUCUCGUCUGACUGAACAAAUCCAUUUAUAAAUCCCCUGGGAAAUUUAACCCUGUUUCAGACUAAAACUUAAAAAGGUGGACUUUUUUAGCACUGUGUUACAGAAUGGCUUGCGAGUGCUGGUUAACUGUUGAACGUGAUCUUCAGAAUGUUGUAUGCGUUGCCUAGCAGUAUGGGGUCUUGACACUCCACACAUGCUCUAGGAUAGGACCAGUGUCUUAAAAAGGUAUUAAGGGAUCAACAAAUUAAAAGUACCACUUGCUUACAGUGGUAGUCUGGCAAAAAAAUACUUUGCAUACAGUAUCAUUAUGUCCUGUUUGAGAACUUCCACUGCUUCUUUAAAGGUGAAUCAGUUGAGACCAUAAAGUCUCAAUUAAAUGCCAUUAACGUCACUGCUUUCAUAAGAAGCAUUAAAAUAGCAGAAUUUAUGCAUUAGCAUAAAUAACCCUGCUAAUUUGUUUUACAUAUCUUUACAUAUCUUUGACAGUAUUACCCAGAGGAGUGUUCUGUCUGUAGUAGGUAAGUUCUCAUCUCCUGAUUGGCCAGGAGACAGAGAGGGACUUCACAAAGAUACGCCAGUAAGCAAAGGAGCUAAGGACCAUAAGACUUGCUGUUUGAAAUUCUAAGAUACAGAAGGGAUCAGGUUUUGUGAAGGGAGGAGAACAAUAUCUUAUUGUGGACCAAUAUUAAACUCCAAAGGUAUAUUUUACUAAGAAUGUUAACUUCUGUUAGAGAAUGUCAAGAAUCUGUGAUUAUUCUCUUCUUUGGUCAACCGAUUAAUUAAAGACAAAGGCUAAUUCAUUGUCACACAAUCUAGUUCA